AUGCAAUUGCCUACUAAUUUGCCCAUGUGUAUUUUGCAGCUGCACUCCAAUUCUGACAAAGGUGAUGGGUCUGUCAAGUACAUCCUUACUGGAGAAGGUGCUGGGACUAUAUUUAUCAUUGAUGAUACCACGGGGGAUAUCCACUCAACCAAAAGCCUAGACAGAGAGCAGAAGACACACUAUGUGCUUCAUGCCCAGGCUAUUGACAGACGGACAAACAAGCCUCUGGAACCUGAAUCUGAGUUCAUCAUCAAAGUGCAAGAUAUCAACGACAAUGCUCCAAAGUUCACAGAUGGACCUUACAUUGUGACUGUGCCUGAAAUGUCAGAUAUGGGUACCUCUGUUCUACAGGUGACAGCUACUGAUGCAGAUGACCCUACCUAUGGAAACAGUGCUCGAGUGGUUUACAGUAUUCUCCAGGGACAACCCUACUUCUCUGUAGAUCCCAAAACAGGAGUUAUUAGAACGGCCUUACAUAAUAUGGACAGAGAAGCCAGAGAACACUACUCAGUGGUCAUUCAAGCCAAAGACAUGGCUGGACAAGUCGGAGGGCUUUCUGGAUCUACUACAGUCAACAUCACCUUGACAGAUGUCAAUGACAACCCACCACGGUUUCCACAGAAGCACUAUCAACUAUAUGUUCCUGAAUCAGCUCAAGUUGGCUCAGCUGUUGGGAAAAUCAAGGCAAAUGAUGCUGAUACUGGCUCCAAUGCUGACAUGACCUACUCCAUUGUGAAUGGUGACGGUGUUGGGGUAUUCUCCAUCUCCACUGACAAAGACACCAGAGAAGGAAUCCUCUCCUUAAAGAAG